AGACAAACAAAUGAAGAUUAUGGGACUUUAGUCGAUGAUUUGAUGGCAAGGCCCAAGGUGUGCUCGCCCCCAGCGGAAAAACUCUUGUGAAAAUUCCGAUUAUUAGCUACGAGCUGCGAUCUCUCUCUCCUCUCCACUCCUCUCCGGCGUCAUGUACCGCAGCAGCCGCCUGCUCAGAUAUAUUUUGUGUGUCAUCAGCGGGAUUUGUGCUGUGGGGGGCUGUCUGCUCAUCUGGUAUGGAGCCUGGCUGCUGGAGAGCCUCGCUGAUGAGCAGAGCGUGGUGGUCCUCGAUCAUGGCGAGGACCUGGCCGCCGUGCUCUGCAUCCUGCUGGGCUCUGUCAUCAUUCUAGCCAGCAUCUUCGGCUGUGUGGCCAUGGGCAGGGACUCCAGGACUAUGUUGAUCUGUUAUGCGGUUCUGUUGGUUCUGCUCUUGGUGGUUCAGUUCGUGAUGUUCAGCAUCAGCUUUGCAGCCAGCAAGGACACACUGCCGGACAGCCUGCGUCAAGGCUUCGACGAUCUGUGGGAUCAUCAGCAUGUGGGGAACAGCACCCUGAACACCUACGAGCACUGGCUGCACUGCUGUGGUCGCAACAGUGCCGAGGACUAUAUGCAUCUGGACAAGGAGCUGCCAGCGAGCUGCUGCCUCGAUCUGGACUGCACAAAGCCCUUGAAUCUGUAUAUGGCAGGCUGCGAGAUUAAGUUCAAGGAGUACCUCGGCGGAAAGACUGCGAAUUUUCAUUCGCUGAGUUGGUUCCUUAUUCUCACUGAGUUUGCUGGUUCUGUGACCACCUGCUACCUGGUGGACAGCAUACGAAACCAUCGCGAUCGCGUACGAUUCUAUAAUUAAAUUAAAUUCUUACUGUCGACUUCUCGAGCUGUAUUAUCACUACUUGUGUGUGUUAUUUCCUGGCCCACGAGCCUUGGCAUAUUGUGAUUGUAAUUUAAUCAACUUAGGCUACAGAUACCUAGUAUUCAUUCAUAAAAUUGUAAACUUGCUCCCACGCGGAGACAAGAAAUAAAAACGAAAACGAAAAUAACCGAAAA